AUCAUACAGGAGCCCGAACCUCGAUACUAUGCGAGACCUUUGGAACCGAGCGAAGGCUGACGCUUUGAAACGAGCAGACAGAGCAUCUGGGUGGGGCAAGGAUUACCGACAGAAAUUCGACGACAUCGGCUACAUUUCGGACGCAAUGCUGAGCGUGUUCUGUUGGACGUCCGGGAGAGCCAACUAGACGGUGUCAGCGAUCUUUUCGCCUGAUUCUGCUGCACGUACUUCCGUGUCGUGAUGUCGCUCCAUGCUGGUACUGCGGACGCCUGGCGUUGAUAUUUAUAAGAGGGAAGCUAGGCAUAAGUGAUAGAAUAAUUGGUGAAGGGUGUCAAUUAUUUGAGUAUGGACGUCCUUCGGAAGGGAUUCGCUGGGAUCCAUCUGGGACUGUCAUCGGAUGCUUCUCCAUCCCUCAAAAGCUCUAACUUGCCUUCGAUGGGCGAGCUAGUGGCCAGAUUGGAGCCGUAUGCUGCUCCUGGGAUCUGGCCUAGGUGGAUUCCUUAAGUCUCCCAUAGUCUAUCUGUCUAUCCUCGGAAUAUUUCGCAUGUCUUGAAAUCUUAGAAGCUAGCACGAAAAAAGUAAAGAAUCUAGUAGAGAUUAGGUUGGACAAGUCUGAAGUUUAUAAAUCUUUUAGAAAUCUUUUAGAAAUCUUUCAGGUGUCACGUCUUUGAGCUUAAACAUAAGCAGGCGGCGCGUUUGGGUAGGCUUCGAAACGCUUCAAAAAUGAAGCAUUUUUAUAGCAAAAUCAUAACGGAUUCCCAUUCCCAUAGUACACGAAGCGCCGGAGGUGGAGCACUUUUGAAGUAUAAGUGAGCUAAUCGGAAGUAGUAUCUGGAUUCUAUAUAAAGACCAAAGAGCGAAGCCAUUUAGCAUAUUUUCUUCAAUCAGUAUCAGAGACUGCCGAUAUUGGCCCCACUCUUAAGAGAGGACACAUCAAGCAAGUAGCCUCAGAGAUAGACUAGGUGCCCGCUUAUAGCUAUAAGAACAACGCGCGCCCGAUCGUGUCUAGGUGACGAGACACGACAGAAACCAGCGCGCUACCCUAUGCCCUGGCUUUUCUUGUCACCAAGAUCAUGAUGAAGAGAUCGCGGGACUUUCUGCGCGGCAGAUCAUCGACAUCAAGUCGUUUUUUGCAGUCGGCUAGGCUACUGACAGAUCGCUGGUCUUUCGUUCGUGUGGGUCGUCGUUUUAUAAGUCAGGAGCGCCGGCGCUCAUCGUAGUUUUUUCCGUUGCUGUUGAUCAAUAUUACAGCAGAUCGCUAGGCUAUCAGUCGUGUGGGUUUCUUCGGAUCGUGCUGCGCUCGUUGUGUCGCCCAUUCUAAUUAAGAGCCUACUUACAUGCGAGGCUACUUGUUUGAUGUCCGCAAUUUUCUAACAACCAACUCGUUCCGCAGCAGGGAAAAAGGCCGAGAACUACGCCUCCUCUCCGUUUUGGUCCCCAUAGAUCUGAGCAGGAAGAUCGUUCUAGUCUAACCUCCUGGACCUACAUCACAUCAAUCACUACAACAGAAUGCCGGCUGCUGCUGGUGCUGCUGCUGCUAAUGCAGCUCACGCAGCAAAUGCCAUGGGUGCAGCGCGCGACAGUUACGCCGCUUGGUUGCACAACUUGCCGCCCGCCGAAAUCAAGUGCAAGAAGAUCGCGGAAGAAGCAGCAACUCCAGCGGUGCUAUUGAUGUCCCUCGUUGUUGUCGCCCUAGGUGUUAGAGCAACUGUUUUCAUCGAUGAGAAACUGACGAGAUUCCUGCAAAGUAGCAAGUUUUUAAGACUUGCGCUCUUAUCAGGUUUUUUAUGUUGUUCGCUAGGUUCUUUUUACUUGAAUGGUAGACCUAUCUCAGAAAGUAGCAAACUCGGAAAACUUGCAAAAUGUUGACACAUCUCUGACUUAUUCACUUAUUGAGAGAAUUCUGAGUCAAUCUAUUUAAUUAGAUUUAGAAGGAAGGAACUAGCUGAAGCGCAGUACGCAAACCAGUGGAGUUACUUAAGUUCUCUGCUGUUCUUGAUUCGAAUGGACAUAGCACAUGACUGCAGCUACCUCCAUAAGAUUCGCGACUUUUUCUUAAUUGUUGUCUCUGGUACUCCCCGUCGAUUUCUUUCGUUCUCACCACUACAGACCGCAGCGAACUUGAGCAAAAUUGCGCAGCUCUGCAAGGAAACCAAGACGCAGAUGCCUUCUGCUAACGUCCAGGCGCUCCUCCUGGCGAAGGAUGCAGAUUGCCCCUAUCCUACUGCUUUGGAUCUGUGCAUGACGAUGGCCACGGGUGAAGGUCUCUGGGGCCAGAUCGAUAACUGCAUAGAGACUUCUGCGCAGAGAUUCUUCACCUGUCUGAUAUUGCCACUCUCUUCAUGAUCAUGGUGGUACUUUCGUGCACUUCUGUCAUCGUUUUGGCAUUCUGAUGCUUGUAAAAGUGUUUAGGUGUAGUUCUUGAACUGUAGGGCAGUGCCUUGCUUCAAUCAUUUCAAACACGAUAAAGAAAUGUAGUGACGUCUUUGGUGAAUUUGCUUCAUCCGACUAGUUUCGUUGGUCACUUCCUCAUCUCUUCGAUGUAUGGCGUAGCAUUUCAGUGGGGAGGGGAAUUGUUUCAAUGUCAUGGCGAUGGUUUCGGGAUCUACGACCUUCGGCGACUUCGCUCAUGGGUUUAAAUAAGUCAACAACUUCAGAGAUUUCAGAUGUCAGUAUCGCAGAGAUCUCUGCCGACCUCAGCUGAGGCCGACAGGUGGCAAGGUUCUCGCUCUUAGCAGUUGCCUCAAUAAGAUAAAGCGUGUGGCUUAAAUGUUGUGCAUUAGAUGUGGGCACCUUCUUGAUUUCAAUCGUUUUUGAUCUUUUCCGCGGUAGGAGGCGUUGGCAUAUAGCAAAGGAAAAAGCACAAGAAGCGUAGCGAUGUGAUUUAUUUGCUUAACUUGUACGCACACACUAAAAGGCCCUUCUGGAGCGCCGUCGGCGCAGUUUUGUCAUUCAAUCACUACAAGAGAUGCAGCGAAUAAAUAAGCUUCACGUCUGAAGUGCUUGAAUAUCAUAAGAAUGCCACUGAGAUGGAAAAUCUUUAGCCGCUCGCGGUUUAUUCUACGAACUAAGCAGAACUACUUGGGUUCCGACAUGUGUAAGGGAUAUGUGUCGGGAUUAAAAGCGCGGGGAUGUCGAUACUCGGGACACAUUUCAGAUUAUACCAUAAGAAUGCGACGCACUUGAGUUGUGAAGUUUGAAAGGCAUCGAAAGGCCAUCAGUUGAAACAUGACGACAGCACUACCUGCAACCACAACGGACACGAAAUGAGCAGAGAUGAUGAAUGGCCAGGCUUGGCCUGCUCGUGAACAUACUAGAAAAAUGGAAAAGAUUAAAGAUGUAAAGCAGGUUGACCAGCCUCGUGUCCCUCACUGGUGGCGAGCGCCAAUGCCUCCAGCAGGAUUGGGUAGCAUGAGAGCGAACACGCGGGGGGUUCGGGGUCGGGUCUAAGACGAUUAAGACGAG